AUGCGUACCGCAGCUUUCCUGUCUCUCCUGCCUCUGGCAUUCGCGGCCCCCGCGAAGCGGGCUACGCCAGCUCCUCUGCUCAAGCCGCGGACUACCCAGCUCGUCGAGGGCAAGUACAUCGUCAAGCUGUACGACAAUGCCGCCGUCUCUGCUCUUGAUGACACCAUGGGCAUCUUCAAGGCUGAUGCCGACCACGUCUACAACGUCGAGGGCUUCAAGGGCUUUGCCUCCACCCUGACGGCCGAGGACCUCGAGAAGCUGCAGAACCACCCCGACGUCGAGUUCAUCGAGCAGGAUGCCAUCAUGAGCAUCAACGCCUACACCACCCAGACCGGCGCCACGUGGGGCAUCUCGCGUCUCUCCCACAGGACCGGCACCAACGGCUACGUCUACGACUCCAGUGCUGGCGCCGGGACCUGCGCCUACAUCAUCGACACCGGUAUCUACACCGCGCACUCGGAAUUCGAGGGCCGCGCUGAGUUCUUGGCCAACUACGUCGACAGCUCCAGCACCGAUGGCAACGGCCACGGCACCCACGUUGCCGGCACGAUUGGAAGCAGGACGUAUGGUGUUGCGAAGCAGACCAAGCUGUACGCCGUCAAGGUCCUCAACUCCAGCGGCUCCGGCACCACCUCCGGCGUCAUCGCCGGCAUGAACUUCGUCACCUCCGACUCCCAGACCCGAAGCUGCCCCGCUGGCGUCGUCGCCAACAUGUCUCUCGGUGGUGGCACUUCGACCUCGAUCAACAGCGCUGCUAGGGCCAUGAUCAACGCUGGUGUCUUCCUUGCCGUCGCCGCCGGCAACGACAACGCGAACGCCGCCAACACCUCGCCCGCCUCUGAACCCACCGUCUGCACCGUCGGCGCCACGACCUCGUCCGACGCCCGUGCCAGCUACUCCAACUACGGCAGCGUCGUCGACGUCUUCGCCCCUGGCUCCAGCAUCCUCUCGACCUGGAACAACGGUGGCACCAACACCAUCUCCGGUACCUCCAUGGCCACCCCUCACGUUGCCGGUCUCGGUGCCUACCUCCUAGCCCUCCUCGGCAGCCGAACCCCCCAGGCGCUCUGCAGCUACAUUGCCUCGACCGCCAACUCUGGCAUCGUCACCGGUAUCCCCAGCGGCACCGUCAACCUGCUCGCCUUCAACGGCAACCCCAGCGGUUAAAGGUGGAAGCAAAGUUGGAGAAGGUCACGCACGAGGGGGGCGAGAAGGAGAACGAGAAAGAUGUGCGGUUUUUGGAGCACGUCU